UCAAUUACUAGGAUCUCUGUAGUCCUUUGCCUACUUGUUCCCCUUGCAAGUGGAGGCAAUGUCAAAAUUAUGCACCUAACUGAUUUAUUAGUGUAUCAAUAUUUUGGAAGCAUGCAGAUGGCAGUAUAACCACAAGACAAGGCGCUACUACCUUGCUGCAAGGUGUUGGCAGGCUAUGACUUAGCUCCCAUAUCAAGCAUACAGCUUGCUCUGAUAAGUUGACCUCAGCAUUAAUUACUGUACCUAAGUUAUCAUCUGCAAUCACUCAGCAUUAAUUACUGUACCUAAGUUAUCAUCUGCAAUCAUAGGUUUCUUCAUUAUCACAUCCAUUCAUGGUUUCCAUGAUGCUCAUCCACUCAUUAAUUUGGUAAAGGCUGCAUGUGCUAUAGAAAGAGAACCCCAUGACAGAUCUGUUAUUAACAUUACAUUUUGAGAAGAAAUCUUGUACUUCCCUGCCUACCUUUUCUCCUAUGGACGUGCUGUGGAGAAGACACUAUGUAAUCUUGUGAAGGCAGUGAGUGUAGUAUCUCUAGCGUCUUACAGGAAGAUCUAUAUAUAGGGGGGCGAUAUGCUUUCUAGGUCAGAAGACCAUUCCCUGCUCGUCUAAGUACUCCCUGAAAGAAAGGAUACACACUCAAUUCCUUUUGUUCCUGAGUUCUCCCUGAAGAACAGAUACAGAGUCACUCUUUUGCUUCCGCGCAUAUAUAGGUACUGAUUACUAACGGGUUGUUCUCUUUCACAGAAACCGUCUUCUUUUUUAUCUCCUAUUUUUCGUUUUGGAAAUCUCUCAGUGUUCAUCUGGGCAGAAGCCCACACUUAAAAAAAGUAUACCCAGAUUGAUGGGUUCUGUCUUUUCUAACUAGACAGGGCAAACUAUUUGGUUUCCUUGAUCUUUAUUGAAGUCUGUGAGAUUUAUUCGCAGAAUAAUGUCCAAGAACAAACCAACACAGAGGAAUGAUGUUACUAUCAUGUCAAGCAUGCUGGCUUCUCGUAUUAUCUGCGCAAUGCAUCCGGCAAGGAGUUACUUGCGGUGGUCUGAUGAUCUCCAUAUGAUCUUUGUGAAAGCUGUGGCGUAUCAAGGAGGUCCCCAUGAAGCUAAACCAACCGCACUGAAGAAGAUGAUGGAAACUAUGGGAGUCAGGGGCCUUACAAUCCAAAACAUCAAGAGUCACCUCCAGAGGUACAGGGAGAAGUGUGAGUUAGGUGCUGAAGCUCCUGCUGUUGAAGUGCCAGGCACCACAUCACUUUGCAAGGAAGCACUUAAUCAGGCGUCUAAGAUUCUGAUGGACACUGAUGCAGUUAUGUUGGAAAUGGAGAUAGUGAACAAUUUCCUUAUGGAUGACAUAGAGAUGGUUGAUAACAACUUUUCUUUGGACCGGGUGCAGAUGAUGGAGAAGGAGCUGAUGGAUGAAAUCCAGGUUGCCUACAGUCACAGUGACAAUGAAGCUAAUUUUUCCUGUCCCCAGUUGAUCGAGCACAACUCGCAGUAUCCGCAGGCUGUGAUUGAUGAGUACAUAGCUGACUUGGCCAAUUAUGCAUUUGGCCAUCCGUGAUUCCAUUAUCAAGACUGAUGCCAAGACUGUUUCUGGCACAAACUUGUGGCAAUGCGUAUUUCUUUUUUUGUAAUGAUGUGUACUGUACUUGUUUGGUUCGGUAGGAAUACUGAUGAAAUAGGACCGGCCAAAAUUGGGGAAAAAAAUUUGUGUCAUGUCGGAUGUACUCCAGACUGCUUCGGGAUACGUGCUUUAGUGUUUGAAAUACAGGCCGACGAGUAUGCCGUGUAAGCCUGCUAAUGGUUUGGGUUGAAAUGUGUUUAAUGAAUUGAGUUUUGAUAUG